ACAUACCGGUCUAUAAGUACUUUUGUGUCCGGUUCAGAUUGAAAAUAAUAAUAUUCCGACAGCAAUGGAACAACAAGAAAUAGACGUCGCCGCCGGUGUCUCAAAGUCGGUGGCGUUGAUAGCGUGCACUGCCAUGUCAGUGUUUUACGUCGCAAUACUCUAUUUUCCCGCGUUGAUUCUUCGAUUGCCCCCGCCUUCUUCCUUCAAAUCGUUUCUGAUUCGACGGUUCGUAUGCGCUGCCAUUUCCUCCAUAGUUUCACUCGUUGCCUGCUCUCUCAUUCUCCCCAUAAGGAGGUGGGAUGUGGCAAAUCUAUUUGGUGUUUUUGGCUUCAGAUUGGAUCAUAUAUGGCAAGCUUUGGUCUUCCCUCUUUCAUUGACUUCCUUAAUGUACACUGGGUCCUUUGUCUCGAAGCUUCUAUUAGCACACAGCACAUGCAGUGAGCAUUGGAAUAAUGGUGGAAAUCUAUCGGUUGACUGUAUAAAGGGCAUCCUUCAACAGUUCAUCUGUUGUAUUCUUUCUAUGGCUUCCAAUGUCUCUUGUUGGCGCAACUAUUUUGUGGCUCCACUUACGGAGGAGUUGGUUUUUAGAGCUUGUAUGAUAUCUUUGCUUCUUUGUGGAGGAUUCAGUACAUACACUGUCAUAUUUCUCUGUCCUGUUUUCUUCAGUUUAGCUCAUUUGAACCAUCUGCUGGAGUUCUACCUCCAAAAAAACUGCAGUUUCCUCAAAGCAUGUACUGUUGUAGGUUUCCAGCUUGGAUACACUGUCAUCUUCGGGUGGUAUGCAUCAUUUCUCUUUGUUCGAACAGGUCAUCUUGUUGCUCCUCUCGUUGCUCAUAUAUUUUGCAACUUCAUGGGCUUGCCUGCGAUAGUUUCACAUAGAUCUGCAUAUAUAGAGGGAUGGCAAAAUGCAAUGCCCUUCAUCCCUAACUCGGCUGGACUGGAUAACUUAACUUUUGUAAUUGAAACUGCCAACUAAUGCUACUGAAAAUUUUUAGUACUCCUAGAAUUACAGGCGGGUAAUAACGAAGAAUCCUGGUGGGUGGACACUGAUGUCAAUUCAUUUUUCUCGCUUUAUUUGGAAGAUUUUGAGUUUGAGCUGGAGUUCGGCCCUUGAUUGGCUGUUGAAUGCCUCUGCUUGAGCUCAAUGAGCAGUGCCUGAUUCUCUUUGUUGAGAGUCUCUGCCUUCUUCCUCAGUCUCUCAUUCUCCUUCAUUAUAUGACAGUUCUCCAUAUACAGCUUUGAGUUCAGUUUCUCCAUUUCUGUGAACUAAAACUGCCAAAAAACAGGGACCUAUUAGAUGAUAUCGAAGAAUUAAGAAACUAGUUAACAUGGAUAUAAACUAUAUUUCGAGAAUUAAUAGUGGGAAAAAAGUAGAAGAAUAUUGAUAUUUCUUAAUCUGCACUCUUAACAAAAAUGGAUUCUUGUCCUUUCUUUUGUCUAUGCUUCAAGAUAAGAAUAAACUGUAACAUAGCCCUUUAGCGGUUCUUGUUUAUUAGACUCUCUAGUUUUGUAAAAAAACAUCUU